UCGCCGCCGCGGAACCACGGCGAUCGACGAGUUGAUGGCGGGCAGCCUCGACUUCUGCUUCAUUCGAGUUUCUCACGCUUAUGGAUCUUUUGUCAGUCCUCCCGGACUUCCCAACCAAACGGUACUCCCAUAUUCUCCCUCCUCUGGAGCGGAAUCAUAUCACCACCGUCGAUCUGAUCACCCUCGACACCCUCGAGAUCGCCAAACGCGCCCACGUCCCCGCAGCUGACGUCCGCCGAUUGUCCACUCAGAUCAUCCGAGCGCUUCAUCACGAUGUCGGAUUCGAAGAGAUCAGAGGCCCCGACACGGAAGAGCCAGCCUCCAGCCUCAGUGAGGAUCUCCCUGUCGCUCCAGGCCCAGCCAGCACGCUAGAUUUGUCGCAAUGGAGUGCGAUCAGCACGCUCGACCUCACGUUAGACGCACUGCUCGAUGGAGGGAUACCGACACGCUACGUGACCGAAGUGACGGGUGAGAGUGGAAGUGGCAAGACGCAGUUCCUCCUCACUCUCCUUCUGGCCGUCCAGCUGCCUGCGCCUCGGGGCCUGGCGAAGAAUGCGAUCUACAUCUCGACCGAAGCUCCGCUAUCGACACCGCGACUUUCUCAGCUCAUGGCAUGCCACCCCUACCUCUCGGAGAUUAGCAAAGACCAAGCCCCCUCCCUCGAAAGGGUCCUUUCCAUCAACGCGAUGGACCUUGAGAGCCAAGAUCACAUCCUCAACUACCAGCUCCCCGUCGCGAUCAAGCGCUACAACGUUGGACUGGUGGUCAUCGACUCCAUCACCUCCAACUACAGAGCGGAGCACUCCUCCCACAACCUAUCAGGUCUCUCCACCCGGUCCGGCGAACUCGCCAAAUUGGGCCAAUUGCUGCGCAACCUCGCCGUCGCCGAAGACAUAGCCAUUGUCGUUGCCAAUCAAGUCUCGGAUCGCAUCGACAGUGACAGACCAUCGAACCUCUUUCGUCCUGGUAGUGCCACCACAUACUCAUCUGCACCCUCUACUCAACAGCCGCAGCAACAACGAAUACCACGAGCCGAAUCCGGUGCAGGUGGUGGAGCAUUAUCACCCUUUCCCCACGAUUCCCGAGCUGCCGAAACCAGCAACGUAGACCUCACUCCCAUGAAUCACCACCACGGCAACGUUAUGCUCGCACCGUCUUCUCAGCCUCCAUUCUCCUCCUCACCAUUCCCACUCGCAGACGACGAUCCUCAGCAGCAACAGCAGCAGCAGCAACAGUUCGACGGCUCGUACCUCAUCGGGAACCCUGUCCGCAACGAGAUCCUGAGUCUCGUGCACCAGCAACGCUUCUUCACAGGAUGGGGCGACACCCCCCAGUCUCUGUUUCCGAGCUAUGGCCCGGGGCUGUGGAGGUCGACCUCCAAGACUCCAACGCUGGGGCUGGUGUGGUCGACGCAAAUCGCAUGUCGAAUCGCCUUGAAGAAAGAGACUCGCUCGUUCGGAGUCUUUGAUUUUGAGGGCGCCUACGAUGAUGAGGAGUUUUCUCAUCGCGAUGCCUCGCAGGCAAUCAAAGCCCCUGAUCAAAUUAUUGGACCCACCAACGUAAAGGGUGAGCACGAGGGAGCUUUGUUGGAUAUCACCACCACUACCAUCACCACAACCUCAGCAGCAGCAGCAACAACAACAAGCACAAGCCAGGAAAAAGAACAGAAGGCAGAAAUCGCCAAUUCCGAAUCUGAACCCGAAGAACUCGAGCCAUCAGAUGAUGCAGCAGUGAAGUUCAGCGGUGCUGCUACUGCUACUGCUGCUGCUGCUGCUGCUGCUACUGAUGAGCAAUCAGCAACCACAAUCCCCAAUCCUACUCCAUCCUCCUCUCCCCGAAGAACCAACCCCCCACCCGACACGCAGCAAUCAGAGUCCCCAUCACCCGCUCCAACAAGCCCUCAAGCCCCAACUGCACCAUCCCCAGCCACCGCGAAUCCUUCAACAACCCACCACCACCACCACCACCACCUCCUCCUCCCCUCAACGCAACGCACAAUCCCGCAAACCAUCCGCCGAACCUUCAAGGUAGUUUUCGCUCCAUGGACCGGAGGUCGAAAAGAGGCAGGAGAAGGAGGAGGCAGCACCCACAACCCGACCGAAGACCAAUCACCCCCGCAGCUCCACCAACCAUCCAGCCAAGAGGAAGUCGAGUUCGAGAUCUGGAAGGGGGGUAUCCGGGGAUGUUCUUCAUAACAAGCUCAACAUCGGACCCAGGCGGCAGCAUCACAGUAUAUAGAUAAUCACAUAUUCAGAGACUACAGAAGCAUGAUCCAAUGCGCUACACCCUACGUAUUGAGUAUCCACAUACUCUCUGAUUUGUCCCCUCAUAGAAACAAACACAACUAUGGAACAAAACAAUAAACCCCAAUCCCAAGAAGCAGACCCAGACUUCUUAAAUCCUAGGUAGUGGGCUGUACUGUAUAUACACGCUCACUUAUACACCUUCCGUGCUCACGCCUCGUGCCUCAUGCCCACGCUUAUUUCGGACUAGCGCCGCACCCCUCUCCAAAGUAUCCGGCACGGGCGGAAGCCCGCGGACGGGAGAACGUUUAUUUUCAUUUUUAUUUUUAAAGGAAUAAAGGAUCUCGCCCCAAUAAGACCCUUAUACCUGCUCCUCCCCCCCCC